AUUAAAUUUUCUUCUUUUGUUGUCAAAAUAAAGUAAGUUUCGUCGCAGCGAAGUUUUCGUAACAGCGCAGCCAUUCGCAAAACUUUCGUGGUCGGAUUAUUCCAGGCAUAAGAGCAAGUUAAAUUUAAUUAAAAAGUGUUUAAAUUUUGCGUGUUUACAAGUAUGAGAACUUGGUCGUAUAUUAUACUAGUUAUUUUGUUCGUGAACGUGUUAAAUUAUUAAUCGACGGGGAAAUAUAUUUUCCAAGUGCCAAAAUACUUUUUUGUUCAUUAGGGCAUUGGUUCGGUCGUUGUUGUAAAGCGGAAAAUCGUGGCAAUUCUCCAAAAACCUUCAAUUUUGUUCAACCUUCGGUAUUUUAUUGUAAAUUUACUAUCAACAUCCACACCUUCAGGCACUGAUUUUGUUCGUAGAGGCCACCAGAAGAUAGAUAUUCUGCAGUGAAUCAUUGGAAAUAUCUCGGCCGAUUUGUAGGAAGUGAACGAGUUUAGUAACAACAGAUAUGACUUCGCAGCCGUCCAGUUCCGCAGUUCGUGCUCUAUCUCUGGAGUACAAGAGCCUUCAGGAGGAACCAGUCGAAGGCUUCCGUGUAAAGUUGCUGAACGAAGAUAAUCUCUUCGAGUGGGAAGUUGCAAUUUUUGGACCGCCAGAUACGCUCUAUCAGGGCGGCUAUUUUAAGGCGCACAUGAAAUUCCCUCCCGACUAUCCGUACUCUCCUCCUUCUAUACGAUUUUUAACAAAAGUAUGGCAUCCAAAUGUGUAUGAGAAUGGCGAUCUGUGCAUCUCGAUUCUACACCCACCAGUAGACGAUCCGCAGAGCGGUGAACUUCCCUGUGAACGGUGGAAUCCGACGCAAAACGUUAGAACCAUUCUACUGUCAGUGAUCUCUUUAUUGAACGAGCCAAACACCUUUUCUCCAGCAAAUGUCGAUGCUUCGGUUAUGUACCGGAGAUGGCGGGAUUCACAGGGCAAGGAUAAUGAGUACCCUAAUAUUAUAAGGAAACAGGCACAGGCCGCUAAAGCAGAGGCAGAGAAGGAGGGAAUCGUUGUACCGACUACACUGGAAGAAUACUGUAUCAAAUCAAAAACGAAACCGAGCGGUCAAGAACCCCAGCUCGAUAUGACAGACUUCUAUGACGAUGAUUAUGACCUAGACACCGAGGAUGACGAUCAAGUGUCGGUGGAAUCGUUCGCCGAUGGCGACGAUAGCGGAAACGGCGAAUCAUAACAGACCAACGGAGGUAGUGUUAGUUCUGUUUAGUUUACUAAACAUUUGUAACCGAUACAUGGCGAAUGCAGACAAGAGAAUGCUAAAAAAAUUAUAAAUAUAAAAAGUUCAUAAAGACGUAACGUGGAAUGCUGUUAAAUGGCACAUGUUUUAAUUCAUGUUGGCGUGGUUGCAUUUGAACCGACUAUUCUUAUUCAGCUUUGAGAUAACGGAAAUUCAGUAUAUCGUCAUACCGACAUGCUGAAGUUAUUGUGUGCUACAGUUUGGAAUCGGAUACAUAUAUUGUACGAAUGCAGAUACUUGAAGAAAAUAAAAAAAACAGACGAGCGUUCAUUAGGUGUUCUCUUCUUCCGACUUGCGUUUCUCUGUCUCCUUUUUUGCGUUCCAAAAGCAACGUAAGGUUUACUGUAAAUAAACUAAAAUAGAGAUUGGGCGUAGAAACGGAAUUCAACGAUCCAUUCAUAGAUAAGCACGCCAAUUAUAUGUAAUGUUAGUUUGAGUACGGUUUUGGUUUUCCAAUAAAUUUUGCGAUUGAUUACUGUGCAGUAGUCGGUGUAAAUGAAGAAGUAGUGCUCACAAGAAUAAAUCCAUACACACCAAUAGUAAAAGUAGUAAUAAAAGACGGAAUAUACAAUAAUUAAUGAGGAAAGCUUUCAUGCGCAACACGUUCACCGUAGCGUUAUUUAUGGCAUCAACGCCCAUCCAUGUUGUGGAAAAGCGUCAUUGUUGGAUCCUUAUGCUGUAUUGUUUUGCUAAGUUAAAAAGUUGCUUUUUAUUAUCAAUCAUUUAGUUUUGUAACAUAUAUUUCCUUUCCGCAAACUGUCCCGAACUAAUCUCCUAACAUUUUUUGUUUGUCUUCAUGAUAAGUGCAGCGAAGUUUCGAAGCAAUAUAGUAAUAGUUCACCCAUGGAAAUAUUUAGAACAGUGUCUGACAUUACAAUACAAAAAAUUUCAACAAAUAAGCCCAGCUAAUUAUCUCAAUCUCUUCUCUUAUAGUGAGUAGUACUAAGAUAAGAUCGCGUGAAGCCAAGUUAAAGAAAAUAUGUUCAAGCGGUACUUCAACUUUUCGUCACAUUUUUUUUAAUUAUUUUAUGUAAACUUUGUAGCGUAGACCUAUUGAUUUUACAUAAACAGAAAAUACAAGGAAUUUAUUUUAUUUUUACAUACAAA